AUUUAACAUUCGACAGCAACGGCAAAGUCAUGUCUCCUCUCGUCUCUUCCGAUUGGUCCUAAAAUUGAAAGUGAAAGUUCUCAAAGUGAAAGUGGCGGUGCCAUCUUCAAAUCCAACUCGUUCGGACUUCAUAAUGCACAAUUUCUCCUCUCUCAGGUUUCAGCUCAUUGUUGUGAACCCAAACCCCGUUUGUGAUUGAAUUGACAGAAAUGUCUCUUCUUAGUAGAUUCUUUUACAGAAGACCUCCUGAUGGCUUGCUUGAAUUUGUUGAUAGAGUAUAUGUUUUUGAUUCAUGUUUUUCGACUGAAGUUCUACCAGUUGGAAUGUAUCACAUAUAUCUUCAUGAAAUUAUAACUGAUUUGCAUGAAGAGUUUCCUGAUUCAUCAUUUCUUGCGUUUAAUUUUCGUGAGGGUAAGAAGAGGAGUCAGUUUGCUGAAAUUCUAUGUGAAUAUGAUGUUACUGUCAUGGAUUAUCCGCGACAGUAUGAGGGUUGCCCUCUCCUUCCAGUGUCUUUGAUUCAACAUUUCCUUAGAGUUUGCGAGAGUUGGCUUAUGAUGGGGAAUCAUCAAAAUAUUAUUCUUCUGCAUUGUGAGAGAGGGGGUUGGCCGCUACUGGCAUUUUUGCUUGCAAGUUUUUUGAUUUUUGGAAAGUUUCAUAGUGGAGAGCAUAGGACUCUUGAAAUUGUUCAUCGAGAGGCACCUAAAGGUUUCUUGCAGCUCUUGUCUCCUUUAAAUCCACUUCCUUCACAGCUUCGUUAUCUUCAGUAUGUUGCCAGGAGAAAUAUUACUCCAGAGUGGCCACCUCCGGAGCGAGCACUUUCUUUGGAUUGUGUUAUUCUUCGAGCCAUUCCAAACUUUGAUGCACAAAAUGGAUGCAGGCCGCUUAUUCGUGUUUUUGGUCGGAAUCUCCACAGUAUGGGUGGUCUUUCAACUCAAAUGCUCUUCUCCAUGGGCAAGAAGAAGAAGACCCUUCGUCAUUACCACCAGGCAGACUGUGAUGUGAUUAAAAUAGACAUACAGUGUUUUGUGCAAGGAGAUGUUGUAUUAGAGUGUGUUCAUUUGGACUUGGAUCCUGAAAGGGAAGUCAUGAUGUUUCGAAUAAUGUUUAACACUGCAUUUAUCCGAUCCAACAUAAUGAUGCUUAACUCCGAAAACUUGGACAUUCUUUGGGAUUCAAAAGAGCAGUAUCCAAAAGGUUUUCGUGCAGAGGUUUUGUUUGGGGAAGUUGAUAGCAUCUCCCCUCCAGAGGCUCCGACUACAAUUUUAAAUGGAGAGGAGAAAGGUGGACUGCCCAUUGAAGCUUUCUCUAGGGUUCAAGAACUUUUCAGCGAGGUUGAGUGGGUUGAUAGCAGUGAUGAUGCUGCCCUUUGGCUACUUAAACAACUAUCUGACUUAAGUGAUGCAAAAGAACUUUCAAGACAGCAAAAUAGUGGAAGUUCAUAUACGUCACCUGUGGAUUCUGAAGAAGAAAGCACUGCAUCUUGCGUGGCUGAGGCUGAUAGUUUGGAUGAGGCAUUUGAUGUUUUUCCUAAGCCCAUAGCAGAUACGGAGAAAUUACUGCCUUCAAAUACUACUAAUUUAGUUACCUUUACUUCUGAAAAUGGUGGUGCACACAAUAAUAUUGUUACUUCCGAACCUCUAGAUCAAGUUUAUGCAGAAACUAUUUUAUCUCCACUUCAUCCACAAUCAAUAGUUCCUACUGAUGGAAUUUUACCUUGUUCCCCUCCAUCACUAUCUCUGUCUCCUCCCAUUACCCACAUAUCGGACCCACAAACUCCCCCACUUUUUAUAUCUGAAGGAAUUCCCGCACCACCGCUGCUGCCACCAGCACUACCAUUUUCUAAUGCCCUCCCACCACCACCACCACCACCUCCUCCUCCUCCUCCUUUUAAUUCUUCUAAAGCCAUCCCACUAGUCCCACCACCACCACUGCCCCCUCCCCCUUUUAAUUCUUCUAAAGCUAUCCCACUAGUCCCACCACCACCACCUCCUCCAUCUAAUUCUUUUAAAGCCCUCCUAUCAAUCCCAACACCUCCACCACCACCUCCUCAACACAAUUCUUCUAGAGCCAUCCCACUAGCUCCACCACCUCCCUCACUUACUUCUAAAUCUAGUCAACCAUCCCCUGCACCUCCACCACCUCUAUUUUUGGGCAAUGCUAAUAAUGCACCACCACCUCCACCUCCACCUCCACCGCCUUUAGGACCUACAAAGUCAGGUUCAAUCCGGCCAUCUCCACCACCAGCUCCCAAACUUCCUACUGCUCCUCCUCCUCCUCCACCAAUUCCUGGCAUGAAGCCAAGUCCUUCCACAAUACUUGGACCAAAAAACUCUACAGUGCCACCACCACCUCCUCUAUCUAUUGGAAAAGGAAAAGUGACUUCAGAGCCAACAAGUCUUGGCAGAGGUCGAUUAGCCAGUGGAGGUGGUAUUGCUCCUAAGAAAACUUCAUUAAAGCCCUUACAUUGGGUGAAAGUUACUCGACCAGUGCAGGGUAGUUUAUGGGCUGAUUCUCAGAAACAGGAAAAUCAGUCCAGGGCCCCUGAAAUAGAUAUGAUGGAACUUGAAAGAUUGUUCUCAGCGGUGUCAGAUGCAAGUGGAACUAACAAAGUUGGAGUUCGACGUGGUUCUAGCCUCAAUAAACCUGAGAAAGUGCAAUUGGUUGACUUGCGUAGAGCAUAUAAUUGUGAAAUAAUGUUGACGAAAAUAAAAAUUCCUUUGCCAGAUAUGAUUAGUGCAAUUCUAGCUUUGGAUUCUUCUGCUCUAGACAUUGAUCAGGUUGAGAACCUAAUCAAAUUCUGUCCCACUAAGGAAGAAAUUGAUAUGCUGAAGAAUUAUUCAGGUAACAAGGACAUGCUUGGAAACUGUGAACAGUUCUUCAUGGCAUUGAUGAAGGUUCCACGAGUAGAAGCUAAGUUACGAGUUUUUUCCUUUAAAAUCACCUUUUGUAGUCAGGUUGAGGAUUUAAGACGUAACCUGAAUACCAUUAAUGCUGCUUCCAGAGAGGUAAAAGAAUCGGUGAAAUUGCGUCAGAUAAUGCAGACUAUUCUCACAUUAGGAAAUGCUUUGAAUCAAGGCACAGUUCGAGGAUCUGCUGUAGGGUUCAAAUUGGACAGCCUUCUCAAAUUAUCUGACACUCGUGCCAGAAACAACAAAAUGACUCUAAUGCAUUACUUGUGCAAGCUUCUUGCUGAGAAAAUGCCGGAGUUGCUGGAUUUUGACAAGGAUCUUGUUCAUUUGGAAGCUGCAUCGAAGAUUCAAUUGAAAAUUCUGGCUGAAGAAAUGCAAGCUGUAAGUAAGGGUCUUGAGAAGGUUGAACAAGAAUUGUCAGCUUCAGAAAAUGAUGGUGCUAUUUCCGUGGGCUUUCAGAAGGUGUUGAUAAAUUUUCUUGACACUGCUGAAGCUGAUGUAAGGGCCCUUAUAUCCUUAUAUUCUGAAGUGGGGAGAAAUGCAGAUUCAUUGUCCCAUUACUUUGGUGAAGAUCCAGCUCGGUGUCCUUUUGAGCAAGUGACACAGAUCUUGGUGGUUUUCGUUAAGAUGUUCAAAAAGGCACGAGAGGAGAAUGAAAAGCAGGCUGAUGCAGAGAAGAAGAAACUUGAGAAGGAAGCCAUGAAAGACAAGGCAGCAGCUAAUUUAUCUGCGAAGAAAGACGGUGUCUCUACUUAUAAUUUGAGACAUAAUAUUCAAGUUCAGAAAUAAGACUCCUGAAUACACCUCAAUGAAUGCGAUGGCAAGCACAUGUUAGCAAGAUGCAAGAGCUGCAUUAAUCAUUCAAAACAGAAUGAUGAACUUGAUUGUUUGUGGUGUUGCGCAGCUUCUUCACUGUAAACUCUGCUGUCUAAUUUGCAGCAAAAUGGGGUUUCUCUCAGUCAACCUUGAAGAGAGUUGAAAUCUUCCAUGAAGCUCAAAAUUUUGAUAUGGGGUGGUCUUUCCAUAAUUAUGUUUUGAGCUGUAAAUAGUCUAUGUGAAAGACAAUUUUUCAACUGGAAAGCAUGUUCAUAAAUAAAUCCCAUUCUGCAUUAUAACCAUAGAGGUGUAAAAAUUUUCAGCAAUUCAAAUUAUUUAUUUAUUUGCUGGGUUGUAAGACAUUAUUAUUUGUCUUGCCCCGCACAAUUAACUU